GAAAAACCAAAUGAUGUUAAAAUGUUUUCUCUUUAUUUCCCAGAGCUGAAUAAGAACCCAGUGGAGGGAUUCUCAGCAGGUUUGAUAGAUGAUAACGACCUCUACAGAUGGGAAGUCUUAAUCAUCGGCCCACCAGACACAUGCUAGUAAGUCUGCCAGCACAGUUUCACUCUGAUUUUGCUGUGUGGGUGUGUUGAUAAGCCAGCUGGGGAGUAUGUGGAUGUGGGGAGGAAUUUGCUAUUUGUCAUGUACAACAGUUGUCCGUUCAUGUCAAGAUUUCGGGAUCUUUUCAACUAUAUUCCAAUUAGUGUGAACGUUUAAACGAAAUUGGGAUCAUAACGUUAAGGGAAAAAAUAAAUAAAAAAUCUCUCCACACUAUUGAAUUCAAAGGGCAGUUAUCUCAAAACUACCACUAACAGGUACCGAUCAUCAUCAUCAUCAUCAUCAUAAAGGGAAAAAUAACAAUUCAAUAAAUUCCUAACGCAACAAUGCUCUAACGUAAUUUUAAAAAAAUGUUUUGCUACUUUAUUAAACGAAGCCAUGCAGUGUGCAUCUGUGAAUGAUGAGGGGAGCAGGGAGGGGGAGAGAGGGCUAGUUAUUUAUCAUCUCAUCCGAUUAUAGUAUCUGUCUUGACUGCAUCAAACUAAGAGAAGCUAAUUUAGCUAGCUAACGUUAGCUAGACUGAUUUGAGACUACAUAACUUUAACUGUGCGCUUUCUCCCCUUCCAACUCCAGAUUAUUAAGUAGCAGCCUACCAGUUGGCUCUUGGUGUCGUAUGUAGCCUGUCCUUCUCAUUACACUUUUAGUUGUGUCAUUUGAAUUCCAUCUUUCAUUGAUUAGCGUAGAUAUCUCCUAAUAACCACACGGAGGCUCUAGCUCUGACUGUAGCCUAGUGCCGGUUUGAUGACUUGUGAUUGGACGACAACAAGCUACACGCACCACUCCCGUGAAAAGCAAGAGCAGCAGCAUAAAUUAUACAAUUUUCUCUAGACCAUCUGCAUUGUGAUCAUCACUGGAAUUAUAUGCAUUUUUCUUAUCGUUUUAAUGAAAAAAAUACGAUUUUUAAAAAUGGCUGUUUAAACAUUUAACUUUUUCUAUUUGUCACAUCCCUAUAUUCCAACCCCUGAUAUUUUAGCAUAAUGAAACACAUUUCUCUCUGUCACAGUGAAGGUGGUGUGUUUAAAGCACAUCUCACGUUUCCCAAAGACUACCCUCUCAGGCCACCUAAAAUGAAAUUUAUCACAGAUAUAUGGCACCCUAAUGGUAAGUAUGAGUGUAAAUUCUCUUGAAAUUAUGAGCACUUUUUGUGUCUGUUUACUGUUGGGGAAAUGUAGGCUAUCCCUCAGGAGGAUCAGUAGUGUUUCUCAGUAAAGUAAUGAUUUUUUGGAAUGCACCAAAAUCUUUUGCUCUGGCAGUUGUUUACACGCAUGCACACAGAAACAAGUAAAUCAAUCUGUUCUAAUUUCAUGUCUCUUGUCCUGUUUGCAGUUGACAAGAACGGUGACGUAUGUAUUUCUAUUUUGCACGAGCCGGGUGAAGACAAGUACGGCUAUGAGAAGCCUGAGGAGCGCUGGCUGCCCAUCCACACAGUGGAAACCAUUAUGAUUAGCGUUAUCUCCAUGUUGGCGGACCCUAACGGAGACUCGCCUGCCAAUGUAGAUGCUGCAGUAUGUCUCUUUUUUACCUGAGGGGCCAAAUCAGGGGUUUGAACUCACUCUGAUUAGGGUUCUUUAUAAAUCAACAAUCUGUGGAUGGUUAUUUAGGACACAAGGAGUUAAAGGCACAGUGCAGUCAAAAAUGUGAUUUUUCCUGGGCUUUAUAUACAUUUCCACACUAUGAGGUUAUAAUAAUAUUGUGAAAAUGCUGAUGAUGCCCUUUUUCUAUAAGAGCUGUUUGAAAAGACCCUCUGAAAUUUCAGCCUGUUUUGGUGGGAUGGAGUUUUGAUACUUAAUUGUUACCUAGAAUUGAUUUGAUAUUGAGUUUAAAACGACUGCAUUGGGCCUUUAAUGGUAUAUUCCAUCCUGUAGUGCACAGAAUUCUGAAUGUUCCAGGUUCCCAAACAUCAAAUGUGCCUUUGUGGAGAGCAGAAAUCUGUCAUCUUUCAACUAAAAUGUUUUCCCCCUGCAGAAAGAGUGGAGGGAAGACCGACAUGGGGAAUUCAAAAGGAAAGUGGCCCGUUGUGUAAGAAAGAGCCAAGAGACUGCCUUUGAG